UCGCUCUCUCUCUCUCUCUCUCGGCCGCUGUGACGUCUCGCUGCUCGCGCGGCGCACGGUCGCGUCCCGCGUAUCGGAGCCUAUUGGCGCUGCCGUCUGCGCCAGAAGACGUGAGAAGUUGGACUCCAGCGCUCCGCGCGAGCUUCACGCCAACAAGUUCGAGCGUCGGUUCUUCUUUUGCGUUUCUUUCUUUCUUGUUUUCUCCGCGGUGCUGCGGGAUUUAAAGGCAGCGGGGUGACUUCUGACCAAAUGGCGAGGAGGCCGCAGCGGACGCUGGGCGGUCGUUAGGCCGCAGCUGUCCGUCAAGGCUAAUAUGGAACGGGAGGGCUCAUUUAGGAGGAGUCUUCAGAACAAGCUGAGGUUGGGUAUCGGCUCUUCCUCCAGUCUGACCGACCUCUCGCAGGCGAAGGCUCCCGCCGUCGGAGGAGGCGAUAAGGGCGGGACCGCCGGGGGACAGGCGGAGGAGUGCAGAAGGGACAAAGGGACCCAGCAGAGAAGGGCCGGCGCCAACGCCACUUGGAACGGCAUCCACAACGCGGUGAUAUCAGUUUUCCAGAGGAAGGAUCUGGGGGAAAAUGAACUCUACAUUCUGAAUGAAGGAGUCAGGCAGCUCCUGAAGACAGAGCUGGGCUCCUUCUUCACCGAGUACCUUCAGAACCAGCUGCUCACCAAAGGCAUGGUGAUACUGAGGGACAAGAUCCACUUCUACGAAGGUCAGAAGUUGCUGGACUCUCUGGCCGACACGUGGGACUUCUUCUUCUGUGAUGUUCUGUCCAUGCUGCAGGCCAUCUUCUAUCCUGUACAGGGGAAGGAGCCAUCAGUGCGUCAGUUGGCUCUCCUCCACUUCCGGAACAUCAUAACCCUCAACCUGAAGCUGGACGAAGCUCUGUGUCGUCCCCGAGCCCGAGUUCCCCCUUCCAUCAUACAGAUGCUGCUACUACUACAGGGAGUCCAUGAAUCUAAAGGUGUAACAGACGACUACCUUCGUUUGGAGGCUCUGAUCCAGAAGGUGGUCUCUCCAUACCUCAGCACUCAUGGGCUGUAUUCCAGAGAUGGAUCUUCCAAUUUGCACUGCUCCUCCUGCCUUUUAGAGAAACGCUUGCAUCGCUCCUGGGCGUCCAAACCCGGAAACUCCCCCAUCCCCAAGAACCCAGUGGUACGCUCCAAGAGCUACAACGUGCCCAUGCUGACCCCUGUGGUGGAGUAUGACUCUGACUCUUCCACGGCGGUGGGCGCCGGCCUCAGACGCCACUCGGUCUCUGAGAUGACGUCCUGCCUGGAGGAGAGCAGCUCUUUGGCCGAAUCCGCAACGACUGCAACCAACAGCUCCGGGGCGGCUCGCCGCGCUCCAGCUUCCGCCGCCCGCGCCGCACUUCCAGGUCCCCACCCGCUCCCUCCCUCCCCCCGCCUCCUCCCAGAGCCCUCCCCAGGAGGGGACACGCUCUGUCCUGGCUCGCCGGCGUCCGACUCCCCCGCAUCCUCCAGGGCGCCGGCCCAGGACGCGUCAUCCGGUCCCAGUACCCCGUCUGGCCUCGAGGCGACGACGGGCGACGCGCCGGAGUUUUUGGACUCGGAGCCGGAGCACAGCGGCAUCAUUCUGGACUUCUCUGCGCGUCGCUCCGGGGGGGUUGGAGGAGGAGGAGGAGGAGAAGGAGGAGAAGGAGGAGGAGGAGGCGCAGCAGAGGGAGCAGACACACACUAACGCAGAGACGCGUGCAAGCAACGCGGCGCCGUGACCACAUUCCUGACACCGCGCUUUUAUGGGACUCAAAUUAAAUUAUUUUUUCAGAAGAUGUGGUCACCCGUCCCCAGAGACACGUCUGGUGAACACUGAAAAUAGGAAUUUGGCUUUUGGUCUCGUCUCUGAGAACGUCAGUCCCCCCGGAAUGAUACAGAGGAAUGAAAACGUGUUGACGAAAUGUUUUAUAAUUGUCAAUUAUCUCUGCAAGAGAUGGGCUAUUGUAUCAUUGUAGGCUGUUGAACUUCUUUUUAACACUGAAUAGAAAAUAAACUCUCCAACUCUG